AACUUGAGCCAAAUUUACGCAAAGAAACGUAUCUACUCCGACGCGACGCCCUCCUAUUGCGCCUCGUCCCGCCGCUUCAUUCAUUGACGCCCUUAUCACACGUGUCACGCCCUUUUAACUGAAGAGGAAGAUGUCAGAGGAGGACACCAAAGGAGACACGGGAGGAGAGGAGUCCGCAGAGGAAGAGAGGGCGGAGACGUCUGGCGACGCCGAGGAAGAAGACGACUCCGCGGGCGACGCUGCAGAAGGCGAUGACGGAGCUCCGAAGAAGCGCAAAAGAGGACCGCCCAAGGGUUCCAAAAGAGGGUCUGGUGGAAAGAAGAAAGUGAAGAGAACCCACCCAAAAACUACAGAUAUGAUAAUAGAAGCAAUUGAAACACUUGCCGAACGCAAAGGGUCCAGUUACCAAGCAAUCAAGGCAUACAUCCUGCAAAACUUCAAGACUGUUCGACCCGACAUGAUCAGAGCCAUGAUGAGACGGUCAUUAAGAAGUGGUCUGGAGCAGUCGAUCUUUGCUCGACCAAAGGGACAGGCCAAUACACAUGCAAUAAGUGGGAGGUACCUUUUAGGAAAGCAUGCCAGAAGAGAGGAGGGAGAGGUCAUGCCACAGAAGUCCAAGCGAGCACAAGCAGUGGCUGCUUUGAAAGCCAAAAAAUCAAAGAAAAUGGGCAAGAAAAGAUCAAAGGCAAGGAGACCUUUUGCCAAAAAGGCCAAAGGAAGGAAAUAGUGGUUUGUAGAAGAGUUCUGUUUUAUAUUAAAGAUGACUUUAUUUUAUAGCAGUGGGUGAAUAUGUAAGUUGUUUCUCUUUGGUUCUGCUUUGACCUAAUGUUAGUGUAGUCGUAGAUGUCAGUAGAACACUUCUUACAUGUAACUUUUAUGAUUUGUUGAUUUUAUUUUAUUUUAUAUUGCAGUGAUAUUGUGAUGAACUGUCUCUAAAAGUACCUGUGUAAUUAAAAUAAAUUUUUUA